AUGCAUCCGAUUCAUAGAAAUGGGAGACCUUCAUCUUCAUCGUCUUCACCAUCAUCAUCAUCAUCUCCCUCUUCCUCACAGCCAUGUCUCCCCAAACGCAUAAUCCUAAUGCGCCACGCCGAAUCCCAAGGCAAUCUCGACACGGCGGCCUACACCACAACCCCGGACAACAAAAUCCCUCUCACCGAACAGGGCCUGGCCCAGGCCGAGCUCGCCGGGGCCCAGCUCCGCCGCGUCAUCUCCGCCGACAACGACUCCAACCACCCCGAGUGGCGCGUCUGCUUCUACGUCUCCCCCUACGAGCGCACGCGGUCGACGCUGUCACAGAUCGGACGGUCGUUCUCGCGGAAACGUGUCAUCGGCGUCAGGGAGGAGUGCCGGAUAAGGGAGCAGGAUUUCGGGAAUUUCCAGGUGCAGGAGAGAAUGACGGCGAUUAAGCAGACCAGGGAGAAGUUUGGAAGAUUCUUUUAUAGGUUUCCGGAAGGGGAGUCCGCCGCUGAUGUUUACGAUCGCGUUUCAAGUUUUCUUGAAUCUUUAUGGAGGGACAUAGACAUGAACAGGCUUCGCCACAACCCUUGCCAUGACCUCAAUCUUGUAAUUGUAUCACAUGGGUUAACAUCGCGUGUCUUCCUCAUGAAGUGGUUCAAGUGGUCUGUAGAGCAAUUUGAGCACCUAAACAAUUUUGGAAACUGUGAAUUUCGAGUAAUGCAAUUAGGAGCUGGCGGAGAGUACAGCUUAGCAGUCCAUCACACUGAGGAAGAGCUAACAGAAUGGGGUCUUUCACCUGAAAUGAUAGCUGACCAAAAGUGGCGAGCCCGUUCUGGCAAGGGUUGGACUGACCGUUGCCCGUGGUACCUUGAUUCAUUCUUUGACAAGCUAGCGGACUCGGAUGACACAGACAAUGACGAUGUUUGGCAUGAAACUAACGAUAAAGUUCAGCAAUCAAAUUGAUUAUGCAAGGUCGUACAGUAGACUGAUUAUUUUAGCAUAUGAACAUAGGCUGCCUAGCAAUUGGGUUGGGAAAUCUUUUCAUCUGAUAUGUACUUGAUAGUUGCAUGUUCAUAGUCUCUCUUGAGUUCUGAAUAGGAGAUUAACACAUCAAUUGUUGUUCAAAGUGCUCUCAGCAUAGGAAAAUACUCUGGCUUUUGUUAUUUUU